UGAGCCUCUCCUUUAUAAACUCUUUCUACUCGCCCUCCCAAAGGAGGCAGUCCUCUAGUCGACCUUUUAACAGCCUCUCUGUGUCGUUUUUUUCCUUUUCUGUGGCGUCGAUGGACGAAGAUUCUGCUGCGGAUCGGGUUAAGGGGCCCUGGAGCCCCAAGGAAGAUCAGAUGUUGCAGAAACUAGUGCAACAACACGGGGCGCGAAACUGGUCGUUGAUAUCGAAAUUUAUUCAUGGUCGAUCAGGGAAAUCUUGCCGUUUGCGGUGGUGCAAUCAGCUGUCACCGGAAGUAGAGCGCCGACCUUUUACUCUUGAAGAAGACAAGGUCAUCGUCAAUGCCCAUGCGAAAUACGGCAACAAGUGGGCCACAAUAGCACGGCUCCUUAAUGGCCGCACGGAUAGCGCGAUCAAGAAUCACUGGAACUCAACGUUGAAGAGGAAAUACUUGACGAUGAUGGAAGAAGACGGAAGGAUCGAUGCUGUUCAUCCAGCGGCGAAUAAGUUUGCCAAACUUGUGUCAACCUCUGAGAGUUAUUCUCCUUCGGGAUCUGACGUCAGCGAUGCGGUUUUGCCGAUUACAUCAUCUUCUUCAGAGCAGCAACAAAACUUGAAGGAGACGCCUUCUUAUCAGGUGAAACUAGAACAGCCUGGAGAAGAAACUCGAAGCAUAGAAAAAGACGAAGUUUCGACGGAGCUCACGUUGUCCCUGCCAUGUGACGAAUCUGGAGAGUUGGCAAGAAAAUGCAGAGAGAAAACGAUAAUUUUUGGGGCGGAGCUGUUAGCGGUUAUGAAGGAGAUGAUAAGAAAGGAGGUGAGGGAUUACAUGACAGAGAUUGAGAAGAAUAGAGGAUUUAGUUUCAAUGGAUAAUGUAUUUAGAAGAUUAAUCAUAGAUUAGUUGCGUAAUUAACAGUUUUGAUUUCGAGAUUAAUAUGAAGAGGCUCGCUUGACUUCUCUUAAGAAAAAGGAGGAAACACUUUUUUCCCUAAAGGAAAAAGUUGUACAGAAGCAGAAGCUAGAGCCGUCUCCAUUAAAAAAUAUAUACAUUUUUUUUUUUUUUAAUUUCAAGAGAACGAGAAUUUGCUGCUAGAGAUUGUUCACUGGAUGUAAUUAAUAAGAUGAGCUUAAUAAUUUAUUUUAUAUAAAUUUAUGUAUUAAUUACGUAUAUUUAAUAUAAAUAAUUUGACUGGAUCCAGUGACUAAAGACAUGUCAUUCGGUAGGCCCAAGUUUCAAUUCUCAUUCUCCCUUCCUUAAUUGGGCGUAGUAAGUUGGAAGUUUUUCGGUUCAUGGAUGAUAAAGUCUGGUGGAAACUUCAGUCUUGGAAAAGGCGGCUCUUAUCUCGUGCGGGGAAGAAAAUUGUCUUGAAAACUAUCGCUUUUGUUUUGAUCUUGAAAAGAUGAUGAAUAGUUUCUGGCGGGGUGGAAAUCCAUCUCAGAAUAGAGGUAUCAAUUGGAUGGCUUGGGUUCGUCUUUGCAAACAUAAAUUUGUUGGUGGUGACUUUGCAUCAGUUUAAUCUCGCAAUGCUUGGGGAGCAACGUGGAAUUUGCUCCCUAAUCCUCAUUGAAUGGUUGAGCAAGUUCUUAAAGCAUGAUAUUUUUCUCAUAAUUCUUUUUUGGAUGCCUCUUCGGGUUGUAAUUCGAGUUUUACAUGGAGGAGUAUUUGGGCUUUUAAAGAUUUGCUUCGACGAGGAUUGUGGUGACACGCGGGUUUUGGCACUUCUAUUGGAAUUUAGGAUGGCCCUUGGCUGGAUGAUGUGGAAAAUCCUUUCAUUUCCUCAGAUGUGUCCAUUUCUAAUGAUAUUUCUCUUAUUUCAGACUUAAGGGAUAAUGUCACUGGUUUAUGGAAUCAAAGACUUGAUCGAUUCGAUGUUUAAUGCCUGCAAUCAGAAUUUAAUUCUCAAUUUCCCUUUGUCUUCUCAUGUUAUUCAAGAUAAGCUGAUUUGGGUCGCGGAAGCUAGUGGCUCUUAUUCUCUCGAGUGCAUAUAAGUUGUUGUUUGCUUCUUCAAACCGUAGAACCUGAUGCUAAUAUGGAACUUGUUUGGAGUAAACUAUAUAUGGUCUCUCCGAGUUCCUCCAAAGUCUCAAAAUCUAGUAUGGAGAGCUUGCAACUCUGUUCUUCCUAUUGCAGAUCUGCUUCAUCGUACAAGUGUUGACAAACAAGAAGCUAAGUCAUUUUUCAUAUCCGAGUUGUUUGCCCCUUUACUCAUUGCUGUUGGGAAUUGUCCCAUGUGAGGUUUCUUUUAGGUUUUGCAACUUCCUUUAAUGAAUGGAUUUCCAUUGCUUUUAGUAGGCUUUCAAUUUAGGACUGUUGUCAUUUGAUUUCUCUGUGUUGGUGCUUGUGGUUUAAUAGAAACAAUGUUAUUUGGAAUGCCAAAUUUAUGACUCCUGCCCAGGUUUCUAACUU